AGAGUUAUACCACAAUAAGCCUUUUCCAUGAAAAAUGGCUUUUUGACCCUCCUAAAACGCACAAUUAUUCAAGAAAAUAUUGAUAACAAUUCUGAAUAGCGAAAAUUCACAACUUGACACCCAUUCCGUUGCAUUAUUGUAAUUUUUUUCAAUGAGGGGUUGUACCGCAAAUCAGCAUCUUCACCCCUAAAACAUGAACAAGUCUUGCUAAGAAAUCCUCAAACAGCGAACAUCCAAGAGUCAUUGAUGCCCAUUUAAUCAAAAUGGGUUGGAAUGAUUGUUCCAAUAUUCCGGCAAGAAUUCUUCAAAAAGCGGUAACAUACUGCCAAUAAGCGUUUUCCACAAGAAACAUGUGUCUUACCCUUCCCCCCCAAAAACACCUUUAAAUAUUGAAAAAAAAAUCCAUAAUUAGGUGAAUCCAUGGGUGCCUACCCACGAGUACGUGGGGGUUUACUGGACUGUCAGGAAGAUGGAGAGCACCUCACUGGAUUGAGAAGGUUGGCGAGUUCUCAUUUGUGGAAAUGAUUGAUUUGAUUUAAAACGGUAUUUUAUUAAUAUACAUUAUUUUAUAUUUUGUCACUCAACAGCAGCCGAUGGGACAUUUUGUUCUGCAUUUACACGAUGUAGCUAAGUUGAGUACCCCUGACCACAAUUUCUGCAUGCAUCUAAGUACUGUCAAAACAGAAAUUUAAAAAGCUUAAAAAAAAAAAAAAUCCGGUUUCUUUAUUGGAUCUCAUCAGAUUGCCACCAUUAUAUGGGAUGCCUCAGGGGCUGUUUGAAUGAGGUAGUGCUGUUGAGGUGAGGAGGAGGAGGAGUAAAAAGAGGGGAGGUCGGGGGGGGUUAAAAAUCAAAGAUGCAGUCAACUGAAUCAAAGCAAGGGAAAGUUGUGCUUUGGCUUCAGCCACUUUGGACCUGCUCACACCGAGGACCAUGACUUUGGACUGCAAAGCUACCGAGCAUGUGCACCUCGACUUUGGCGGUGGGGAGCAGAAAGACGCAGAUCUCUCAGUGCGGGAACACCAGAGAGACUUGACGGUCCGACUCUGCGGCGUCUCCGGCCGCACUUCUUCGGUGAAGCCCCCUUACUCUUACAUUGCCCUCAUCACCAUGGCGAUCCUCCAGAGCCCCAAGAAGAGACUCACACUCAGUCAGAUCUGUGACUUCAUCAGCCAGAACUUUGCCUACUACCGGGACAAGUUCCCCGCGUGGCACAACUCAAUCCGACACAACUUGUCUCUAAACGACUGCUUCGUCAAGGUCCCGCGAGAGCCCGGCUUUCCCGGGAAGGGAAACUUCUGGACUUUGGAUCCCAUGUCGGCCGAUAUGUUUGCGAAUGGCAGCUUUCUUCGGCGGAGGAGACGCUUCAAGAGACAGCAUCAACACUGCAAGAAGGUUAAGGACUCUGCCGUGCCAGUGGCUCUCCAACCUGCACCCGCCAGAAUUCCGCUCCUCCAACCGGAGCCGUACCACCACCUGAGCCUUGGAAGUUUUUUAAACACUCUGACCGGUCCCGUGAGUCCGCCAGUAAGAACCUUGAUUCCUGCUCUGUCUUUCCUCCUCUCCAAGGGAUUGCCAUCUUGUUUGGACAUCUGCACUGCCAUGCAGCCUUUGGACGGGACCUUCCCUUUGACCCACGCCGUCUCUAUUCACGGGAGGAUGCCUAAUUACGUUUUUAUGGACCCGAAAACACUCCUCUUGCUUUAGCACUGCAAUUGUUUGACGCUCUUAUGUAGGAUAUUUUAUAUACAUCUUAGAUUUGAUGGGUUUUUUUUCCCUGCCAAUUCAGGAAUGAAUCAUUUAACACCUAUUACACAAUAAAAGAUUUGACUUAUUUCAACGCAGCUUCAGUUUAUUAAAGUGCACUGUUAGUAUCAUGAACUACAAGAGGAGCCUUGCAUGUAGUUUGCUUUGUAACACGGAUGAGAUUUUCAAAGUCAUACAGUGGAUAUAAAAAGUCUAGACCCCGCCGCUGUUCAAAUGCCAGGUUUCUGUGAUCAUAAAAAAUUCGACAGAUCUAUUAUUUCAAAGUGUUUUCCACCAUUGUAACCUCUAACCUGGACAACUCAAUUAAAAUUAGUUUUGGAGGGAGGGAAUAAAAAAAAAAAACGGUUGUGGAUGCACAAGUGUGCUCACACGUUUAUUUUUGUCGUCACACCUCAGAAGACAAGCCGUGGUGCAACAGAGAACUUCCACCGCAUCGGAUGGAUGUCCUUCAAAAAUUUGGCAUUUGAACCCGGGGUGUGCAGACUUUUUGUACCCAUUGUAUUUUUAAUACUGGCAUAAGUUUAAUUUUUCAAAAUCUGCCUCAAAUGGUUCCAAGCAGCUGGCUUUCUUGUAACCUUUUGCAACAAGGUCGAACAGUAUUCUGUAUCUCAUAAGACUGAAAUAUACAGUACACUGUCGUUUGUUGAGAAAUGUCAAGAGUUUGAGUACAGUUCAUUCAAAGCAAUAAAAGUGAAAACCAUGACACCAUAAAAUAAAGUAUGACUUGUUCUUGUAA